AGAGAGUUGUCUGUUAUAAUAUCUACAUCUUGUGCCCAUUUUGCCCUUGGACUGCAAACAUCCUCUUAGGCCAGUAUGCGUGAAAUUCUUCACAUUCAAGGAGGGCAAUGCGGGAACCAAAUUGGAUCAAAAUUCUGGGAGGUGGUCUGUGAUGAGCAUGGCAUUGAUCCCACCGGCCGGUACGUCGGAAAUUCGGAGUUACAGCUAGAGAGAGUGAAUGUAUAUUACAAUGAGGUUAGUAACGGCCGGUAUGUGCCACGGGGUGUGCUUAUGGACCUUGAGCCUGGCACUAUGGACAGUAUCAAGACCGGUCCAUAUGGGCAGAUUUUCCGGCCUGAUAACUUCGUUUUUGGGCAAUCUGGGGCAGGAAACAAUUGGGCUAAAGGCCAUUACACUGAGGGUGCUGAGCUGAUUGAUUCAGUCCUUGAUGUUGUCAGGAAAGAGGCUGAGAAUUGUGACUGCUUACAAGGAUUUCAAGUAUGUCAUUCCCUAGGAGGAGGCACUGGGUCUGGAAUGGGAACUUUGCUCAUCUCAAAAAUCAGAGAAGAGUAUCCAGAUAGAAUGAUGCUCACAUUCUCUGUGUUCCCAUCUCCCAAAGUGUCAGACACGGUUGUGGAGCCAUACAAUGCUACCCUCUCUGUUCAUCAACUGGUGGAGAAUGCUGACGAAUGUAUGGUUCUUGAUAAUGAAGCACUCUAUGAUAUUUGCUUCAGGACUCUCAAGCUCACUACCCCAAGCUUUGGAGACUUGAAUCAUCUGAUUUCAGGAACAAUGAGUGGUGUUACUUGUUGCUUGCGCUUUCCGGGUCAGCUUAACUCAGACCUGAGAAAACUAGCUGUGAACUUAAUCCCGUUUCCGAGGCUUCACUUCUUCAUGGUGGGGUUUGCUCCUCUGACAUCUAGAGGAUCACAGCAGUACCUUUCUAUCACUGUCCCUGAGCUGACCCAACAAAUGUGGGAUGCCAAGAACAUGAUGUGUGCAGCUGAUCCUCGACAUGGGCGUUACCUCACAGCAUCAGCUAUGUUUAGAGGCAAAAUGAGCACCAAAGAAGUCGAUGAGCAAAUGAUCAAUGCGCAGAACAAAAACUCCUCUUAUUUUGUGGAAUGGAUACCAAACAAUGUCAAGUCUAGUGUCUGUGAUAUCCCACCAAAUGGGCUUUCAAUGGCUUCAACUUUCAUAGGCAAUUCAACUUCCAUACAGGAGAUGUUUAGGAGAGUGAGUGAGCAGUUCACGGCAAUGUUUAGGAGAAAGGCCUUCUUGCACUGGUACACAGGGGAAGGAAUGGAUGAAAUGGAGUUCACUGAAGCUGAGAGCAAUAUGAAUGAUCUUGUGGCCGAGUACCAACAGUACCAGGAUGCCACUGCUGAAGAAGAAAUUGAGUAUGAGGAGGAGGAUGGAGUUGAAAACUGAAGGUGUUCGGUUAUUUUGCUGCUUCAUAUGUUACGUUCUGCAGUAAAUCGAUAGGUUUUUGUUUUCUCAUUUGAAGUCUUAUGACGAUGAUAGUGAAUAUUUUUCUGAUUUAAACGAGCCCUAGGAAUGGCUCUCUCUAUAAGAACGAAGGCAUUGCUGCAGUGCUGCUCUGCUUAAGCCACUCUAGUAACUUGCUUUAACAGAACAAGGCAUAAAGCCUCUUGUAUGAUCAGUCUCAGACUUCUGUGUUUUUUUGUUUACAACUUACUUUGAUUAGAAAAAUGUAGAACUAGGUGAUGAUUUUGCCUAGAUUCUUCAACUCAA